CAGCACACCAACAAAUAAAAGAUAGCCUGGUUGGGGGAAGAUAGAAAGAAAGCGCCGGGUUCGAGAUGCUCACGAUUGCGGCACGGUCCGGGGCUGGACUCGGCCUCGCGCUUCUCACUGCAGCUUUUUCUGCGGGGUUCCAGGGACUGCUGCCCGAAAUGCAUUGGUUGCCUUCUGGUUAUCACAGGGCAAUCACUUAUGUUGGCGCGCUUCGUGCCGUUCGUAUUUUCAUAUCGUUGCUUUUUCUGACGGAGUGGCAGAUGGGUAUACUAUAUUUGGCUGUGUGAAAUCUGUUGAAGGAUUAAUGUAUGUCAUGGCAGGCGCGUAGCAGAGGAUGUAGGGAAGUCCAUUGCCUUGUCUGCUGCGUACGACUAAAUCGGCAACACCCGUGGUCGGAGGGCGUCAAUUGGGAACAAGGAUUCGAUUAGAAGCAGAUA